UGAGAAAACUUGGGCCGUGUUUACGAAAAGUGCCGCUUUAAAUACAAUGGGUAAACAGGUUCAGACUUCAGUUGUAUGAGAGCUGUCCAGUGUGAGAACACUUGGUGCUUUGAAACUACUUAGGAAAUAUAGAUUCUAUAUUUGUGGGAUUUUUUUCCUUGUCCAUCGUGCUAUCAGUUGUUUAUAAGAACAAGCUCGAGCAAGGUAUUUGCCAGUUGAUUCGAAAACCACAGGACGAAACACUCUGCGUGUUUGGACCACCAAAUAGUUGUAAAGUUUUCCUCAUUCUUUGGAGUUUACUAUCGAUGAACUUCGACAUGCCUUCAGAAACUGGGUUCUCGUUCAUCGAGCAGUACAAGUUUCUGUCUCGGGAACUUCACGAGCAGUCUCAGACCUGUACGGACAUGGUCUCUAUGGAUCAAGAGGUGAGUGUCCCUCAAGCUCGCUCCUACCUGGAGGCAGGCGAUAUUAAAACAGAGGUCAAGAUGGAGUCACCCAACUCCCAGCAGCAGGUUGAUAUCGACAUGUACAUGGCUCAGAUUCUGGCCAGCACAGAGAGCAGCAUCGGCAGCAACACCGACACCAUCACUAUUAGCAGCAGCAGAAACAGCGACAUUUCCGUGCAACCUCAAUACAUUCCUCUCACAGUUUCUGCCACCUCCUCUUCACCUGAACACAACAUCAACACCUACAGCAGUAGCAGCUCUUUUUCUAGUGUUUCUAGUGGACUUCACUCAGCCUCUUCCUCCCCUCUCUUGUCAUCAGUCGCUGUUUCAUCAUUAGACGCAUCUUCCACAACCUCCUUUCCCAGCAUCGUCAAGUCUGAGCCAAAAGUCAUUAGCGAAAGCAGUGGUGGUUUGAAGACAAGAACUUUUGUCACAGAGCUUGGAGGCAGUGGGUGCACACUGGUGACACCCUCAGAGCCAAACUCAGGCUACUCAACAGACUUUCUCAGCGGAGACUCUUAUCCAUCGUCCACUCAUAGUCUUCUGUCCGAAAACGUUGCUCCACCAUCCAUGUGUGUUCCUGAGGGAAGUUUUGAUUACCUUGACCUUGAUAAGCAGCCUUCGUCUUUCUAUGAUGAUGUCAGACCUAUGUCAGAGCCGAUGAAGUUGGAAAGUUUCACGCCGGCCGCAGAAGGCAGUGAUAGCUUGGAAGAAGCCGUUGUACUGAUGAGAGACGUUAUUCAUCAUGACUGUGACAAACUGAAUGUGCCAUAUGACCCCAUGUUGUGGGAUGUGGAGAAUGUCCAGACCUGGGUCUCCUGGGUGUGUCAGAAGAACAAUUUCUCCAACAUUUCUGCUCAGUUCCACCGAAUGAACGGACGGGUGUUGUGUUCUUUACAGGCCAGCGACUUUGCUUCUUACGGACGAGUUGGUGAAAGUCUCUCAACUGAGCUGGAGCUCUGGAAAGCUGCCAAUAGCUGUUUCCCCGAGCUGUCCGUCAGCAGUCACCACAACUCAUUCAUGCAACAUCAACAACAUCAACAACAGCAACAGCAACUGCCACACUUUCUGGAGAAAGACCUUCUGUGUAUGAGCAGCAACAAGAAUAACAGCUCUGGGUUUGGCCUGGGCCCCUGCGUGUCACCCGCUCCUAGCACGGGCAGUAGUAGUCAGGACAGUCUGCACACCGGCUCACUCACCGACAACAGCGACGACGAAAACAGUUUCAGUAUGUUCUCCUCCGCCUCUGACUUGAGCUCCCACGGAAACAACAAAACCAGCAGCAGCGUUGUGCAUCCUGUCACCAAACUGGGCCGUGGACACAAACAGACGAUCCAUCUGUGGCAGUUCCUCCGAGAACUUCUCUUGUCUAAGGAGAACCACUCCGACUGUAUCCGCUGGCUGGACCGCAGUGCUGGGGUCUUCAAGAUCGAGGACUCAAAGAAGGUGGCUUUCCUGUGGGGAGAGAGAAAGAACAGACCGGCCAUGAACUACGACAAGCUCAGCCGAUCUGUGCGGCAGUAUUACAAGAAAGGGAUUAUCAAAAAAGCCGAUCAGCCCAAAAGAUUGGUCUACCAGUUCUGUGCUGGCUACAUGUGAAACUUGUUUUGCUUGUGUCUCGCUCAAGACUUUCUACUUCUCUCGGAACCCAUCUGAGAUGCUUUGUUUUACAACAGAGAUGUUGAAUCUCAGUUUUUUUGUUCUGGGAGUUUUCCGGGAAAACUUUUUUUGUCCCAGAUCUAAGGGGUCUGGUUCAAAUCCCAGACUUACCACAUAGUGACUGAGCAUCGUAUCAGAUCCAGUGGUUUUUAUUUUACACAAGUUCAGCCAGAGCUUGACAACAGACAACUAGAUGUUGUUGUACAAUACGGCACUAUUGCUGCUUCCCCGUCUGGCCAAAACAAAUCUGUUCAGUAAGAAAUUUUACAGUAUGAAGUGAUAUUGGUCCUUUUUUUUGUUGUUUUGAACCAGUUGUUUAAAGUUUCCGUUUAUAUAUAUUCUAAAAUGGCUUAUACGCUGCCUUCAAAACAUUCUAUGUCAUGAUUUUGACCAGCUGUCACUGAAAUUGUAAAUGUACUCAAAUAUUUAAUUUUUAGCAUCAAUUUCGUCUUGUUAAAAUAUAGAAACCUCAGACAUACAUCAGUGCCUUAUAAAUAUAGGUUUUAUAAUUUAGUUUUACUUGAUCCAGUUACUUUGUAACUUUGAAUGCAGAACACAUGUCAUACCAGGAAAUUAGUCACAAAAAUGGGCAGCGAGUGGUCCAAAAUGUUCAAGCUUUCUUUCCAAAUUGUUUUGAGCUAUGUGUUCAUAAGUAAACGCGAAGUGAGUAUUGAUGAAACAGGGAUAGUGAAUGGAUGAGUAAAAGUGUGAGAAAAGGCAGGCCAUAGAUAAAUAGUAAGAGAGGUGGAUGUAUUCUUGUCAGUGUUUUGUGCAUGGUAUGGUGUUUUGUAGAGAGAGGUAGAGAGAGCUAUGCAUGUGAGUGAUGUGGGUCUGUGUGCUGUGCUUGUCCCAAACGGGAAGAAAAAGUCUCCACAAUGCACAAAAUUGUAAAUUUGUUCUCGGUCUUCCAUAUUUUGUACAGUUGUGUAAAAUACAGCAUAUUUUCAUUUUGCUUCAUAUCUUUGUUCAAACCAUCCAUACAGCCUUAUCUUAUUUUUAUAUACUUGUUUAAUGCUGUACAUAAUACUUUCAUGUGCUUUUCUAAGCCCAGAUUAAUGAUGAGGUGAUGUAGGAUUUUUUUUCAAAGUACUGCCUUUGCUGCUGGUCAGCCUCAAGAAUAGAGUGGCAAAUAUCAAAUAUAUAAAUAUUUAUGCAUGCUAUAUAAAUAGCUAUUUAUGUUAUUAUCAAUUUUAUUAAACUGACCUAUUUAGGUUCAGCGCAAUGCAUUUUGAGCUUACAAGUCAAGUAUCUCGGUAGGUGCUUUCGGUGGUUCUGUUUAGAUGAGAUGUGGAACAACAACUUUUCCAGAUUUUUUUAUAUAAGAAAAGAAAGAAAGUCAUCAUGUUUUCAUAGUAUGGUCAGUUGAGUGAUGAGAAACUGUUUAUCUUUCCAAGCUGAUGAUUUGUAUGACUGUCCGUCUCUGUGAACUUUUAUCCCUCCGUCUCUUCAUGUUUUCAUGGUCCACAUAAUGUCUUCCUAGUCUGCUUAACAUGAGCCGUUGUCUUUCCAAUUAAACUUUUUGAUUUUUAAGAAUUCAUUUUCAUCACUUAACUUGUUGGACUGCUGAGGUAUUUGAUUGGUUAAUUCUCAGUCAAUAUAGUUUUUGGAAAACGAUAGAGAAUUCUACUUCUAGGAAAAGAAACGAAGGAAAAUGGCAAAAAAGAAAAGGCCUUCUUUACUUUGGACAAAUUCUAGUCAUGAGAAUCGUUUAACAAAAACAGCCCCUUGUUUUACAUUGCUGUAUUUGCUUAUUUUUUGGAAAUAGAAGCAAGCAAUAUAAACAGUUGUUUUUCCAUCGUGUACAUAUAAAUUUUGUUUUCUAGCCAUCAAGACUAUAUGCUUGCAAAUUAUCUUUUUGAAUACUUCUUCUAUGCAUAAUCAAACAAGUUGUCAUCUCUGUAUCUGAGACUGUACAAGACUGUACAUGCUUCAUGCUUGAAAAAUAGACAAAACAAAUGUGUGAAUCAAUUCAUUUUAUCCAAAUAAAUGUUUUUUUUAAAUAUCUGAA